GUUUUAGGUGGAUUGUUUACAAAUAAACUAAUACGUGUUUGUAUCGUUGGUUGAACUUUCAUCAUUUAUGUGGAUAAGUUCGAUUAUAAUUCGCUUUUAGGAAAGAGCAAAAUGUCAGAAGAAGAGCAAUUGCCAGUAAAAGUAGAGUUUAAAUCAAAAUCCCGCAGAAACAUCCGAAAGCGAAAAGAUUCCGAUGAUUCUGUGGAAGAAACCAAUGAGGAUAAUUUGCUAUCCAAACUGGAAGAAAUGAAAGACAGGCAGAAACUACGCAGCAAACCGAAUGGAAUCAAUAUUUUAAGUUUAGCAAUAGGAAAAAAGAUUUCCACCGAGGAGGGAGUUGCAAAUAAAGAUCCUUUCAACGUGAAAUCUGGUGGAAUGGUGAACAUGCAAGCCUUGAAAACAGGCAAAAUAAAAACCGUAGAAGAUCCGUACGAUACCGGAAUAGGAACGCAGUUUUCGGCAGAAACGAACAAACGUGACGAAGACGAAGAAAUGAUGAAAUAUAUUGAAGACCAACUGAGCAAGAAGAAAGGUAUCGCAAAGGAAUCCAGCGGUGAAGUAGACCCCGAUAUCCCCAGCAAGUAUCUCAGUCCCGAGGAAGCCGCUUUACUGUCGCUGCCAUCUCAUUUGAGUCAUACAUCAUCCCAAAGGUCGGAGGAGAUGUUGUCCAAUCAGAUGCUGAGUGGUAUUCCAGAGGUAGAUCUUGGAAUAGAGGCAAAAAUAAGAAAUAUUGAAGCUACAGAAGAUGCGAAGCUUAAAUUUCUUCAAGAACAGCAAAACAAGAAAGAUCUUCCCUCUCACUUUGUGCCAUCGAAUAUGGCCGUGAAUUUCAUUCAACACAAUCGAUUCAAGAUUGAUCAACCCGUACCGCAGAAAAGACGACACCCGCAGGAAUCGGGCCGGGAAGACAAAGCGCCCAAAAAAGCCACCGAUGAUUAUCAUUUUGACAAGUUUAAGAAACAAUAUAGGAGGCAUUGAAUCACAUAGAAUGAACCGUAAAAAUCUUUGAUUGAAAUAAUUGUCGAACUGAAUAAAUAAAGGCGUCUAUUUCAACUAGAUUCCUCUA